AUGGCAUAUUGCGAGAAGGAAUUAGAACGUCCACCAAAUAUAUUGGAAAAAACUAUAUUUGUCUUGGGAGUUUGUCUGUCUAUUUUAAAUUGUCCAAUUGAAUGGUUAUCACUCAUAUAUAAUUUUUCAUUUUGGCUAGUCUUUAGUGACAUACGUCAGGGAUUAUUUUAUGCCACACUUGUCUGUUUUUGGCUUGUCUUCACUGGUGAGCAUAUGAUGGCAGAACCAGUUAAUCGAAUAAAAAGUAAUUGUUUCGGAUUGAAAGGAUUAUACUGGCCAAGACUUGUUCUUGUGGCUAGUUGUUGCACCGCUUUAUUCAUAUUUGAACUAGCCGAACGUGGCGUACAAAUACGCAAUCCAUUUUAUAGUAUAUGGUCACAUCCAAUCGCUGCUAAAAUGGGUUUAACAAGUAUCAUAGUCGGUGCUUUGUGUGCAUUUGCUUAUAUGAUAUAUUUGACUAUACUUGUUGUACAAGCAUUUAUACAAAUAUUCAAGAAACGUCGUCUACUAAAUAGUCUUCCCGUUGAACAACGUCGCUACUAUAGUGGAGUUAUCUAUCGUUUCAUGGUACUAUUAACCUAUACAAUUACAUGUGCUGGUCUAACAGUUGCAUUUUUCAUCUUUAAUCAGGUUACCGAAGACCAAUGGAAAUGGGGUGAAAGAAGUGUAGAGUAUACGUCAGCAUUUAUAACCGGUGUUUAUGGUAUGUGGAACAUCUACGUUGUUGCCGUAUUGUGUCUUUAUUCACCGUCGCAUAAGUUUCGUAGUGCCUCUGGUCAACAACUGUACAAUCGUUUGUUAAUCAAGAAUCCUCCAACACUUCCUGACAAUGCAACAACAGCAAUGGCAGCACAAGAUUCUCUUGCCGGUCAUGAAUUAGACAUGCUUGACAGACAUUCAGAAACAAUCCAAUUAGUACCUAGAAAGUUAAAUGUUACCGAGAAUCUGCCGUCAACGUCAACACCAACUGUUACUGACUCCAAGUCGUGUCUGUUAACUGAAGGCUUGAAAUUCAUUCGCAAAGAGGCAUUUGAAUAA